CAUCGUACCAGUUGUGCCGUAGUUAGGUGAAUGCCAGAGGGCGGGAGUGGUUGGACGAGUUGCCGGGUUGUUUCUGCUGCUCUUGCCUGUCGACGCUGAAGCACUCGCAAGCGCUUCGGUUGUUAGCUCGCAGGGUCGUGUCGUAUGUUUCAGAUCGUUACUGCUCUGCUGCCCGUUGCUGCGCAGUUGCUAAGAAACGAAACGCAGGAAAUCGUUUCGUACGUGCGUCCCGCGGUUUUGUCAUUCGUAAUACUGUCUGCAACUAUUAUCUGAAGAGCCACCUGCCAGCGGUGGAUGUGCCAACGGUACGGAUCGUGUUGUGUGUACGUGCCCGUGAAACAAUAGGUGUAUAUAUCGUCCCGAGACGGCGCUUACAGUACGGAGCUCCAAAGGACCCAGCAGAUUUGUUGGUGUUGUGGAAUGUGUGGUGUCCCCCCAAGCGUUGGGUAACGAGCGCGGGUAGGGGAAGAGUGUGGGAAGCGUGAUAUAGCACAACCUGAUAGUGUUUGUAUCGUCCUCGAACCGUCACGCUCGCGCCUAAACUGUGCGUUUUACACGCUGCGUGCGUUGUGUGCUCUGCUGGUUGUGUCUUCUGUAUCUGGUCGAUAGUUCCGUGAAACAUCGUGCUGAGUGUUCUUAACAGGAAGGCCUUAGAUCGCCAACUACCGUCAGGUUGCAGGAAAUGACAAGGAAUCGUUUCUCGGUCCAACGUGUUCCAAGGGGGUUCGUCGCUUAUCAGCUACCGUGAAAGCGUUGAAGUCUUUCUCCAAAGUGUUUCACGAGAGCGUGCUUUUGCGUGAGCAGCAGCAGUGUGUGUCGAUCGUUCGUGUACCGUGAGUGUGAAGGAUCGAAUCAGCGGAUCGAAGAAGCAAAAAAAUGGUAAUAAAUAUGCAUAGUGAAGUAUAAAUGCAACAGUGGUGACGUAUAGGCCAGAGAAACGCGAAUGCAAGUGGAAAAGAAGCCGAACGGAGUGAGUGCAAUCAAGGUGCAAACGCGGAAAUAAGGUGCAAUCGUAGUAAAGGAGCGAAAUUAAAGGCAAAAAUAAGCGCCAACCAAUAUAUAUAUACGUGUAUGCCUUUAGGCGAGUGGUUUGUGUCAGCAGUGGUGGUGUGGUGGAUGCAACGAAACGGUGGAUUAUACGGCGCAAAGCUAAGCUUCUGCAGAGGCGGGAAAAGAUAAAUUAAAUCAGCAACAUCUCGCGUCUUCCUCAGCCAUCGCUGUCGGGGAUAAACGUCCAGUUCCGGCACCAAGUAGUAGUCUACUAGAUCUACUACACGACACUCAAUGCCGUACAGUGCGAGAAUGCAAAUACAAACAUUGCUGUUGAAGAAAAGAACAAUCACAACCAUGUAAUUGAUGUCAUAAAACAAAACUAAUCACCUAACGUCUUCCGUCCAUGCGUCAGUGAUUUCAAUUCUGUGAAAGUAUCGUAAAACGAUCUAACGUCUUCCGUCCAAGAAAGCAAAGCAAAACAAAAGUAGAUCGUGAAAACAAAUGAAGAAAUUUAUGUAGCACAAAUUGAUACAAUCGCUCCGAGUUUGUGCCAUACAAAAAUACGUCGGUCCAGAAGUGAUGGAAGUUUGCCGAAUGUAGUAUAAAAAGUGCAUUUAUAGUUCUAUUUCAAACCAGUACAAAUGAACGAGUGCCUUAUUUUGUGAUUUUCGCAUGGAGCUGUUUUAUGAAUCAUGAAUCAUCGAGCCUGAACACAAUACAACCCGCAACAUGACCCGCUGAUGCUUUUUUUUUGUGUCUGGCGAAUAACAGCAAAGUGUGCCAAACCAACCGAACCGGAAACAACGUUGUGGAACUUCAAAACUCACCGUGUCAACUCUCACCGCAAAAAAAAAAAAAAAAACAGUGCAAUAGAAACGAACGAAGCUCAAAUACAUAAUGUCCGCUUCGCCUGAAAUGCAUCAUCAGCAUCAGCAGCUUCAACAGGAAGCUAGUAGUGGACCGCUACCAGGCGAGAUGAAGUCGAAUAGUGCGGAAGGAACUCCUCCACCAGAGCUGGCCACUAUGACAACCGUCAGCGUGCUGGAUCUACACAAAGAGUACAAUGGUGGUGCGGGCGUUAGCCCCAAUGGUGCUGCUGCCGGUGCUGGUACAGUCACUUCACCACACAUCGUCCAUGAUGGUGCCACCGAUAUGACCCUCGCGGAUGAUGGAACGACGGAGAAGGUGUACGAUAAGGAGACAAAUACGGUCUACGUCUACACAACGGCUGCCGGCGCGGCAGGACAUAAGCUGGCUGCGAAUGCACACCAUCAUCAGCUGACUACGAUCGUACACGGUCAGCAACAGCAGCAGCAAAUGCACUCACCGGAUCAGCUGCAUCCGAGCGAACAUCAUGCGGUCGCUGAACAGAAUCUGCUCCAUGCUCGACUGAUUCAGCAACAGCAGUCAGCCGAUGAGCAACAGCAGCACUUGCAACGUAUGUCUCCAGGUGAACAUCAUCAGCAGCAUCAUCAAGUGCACCCAGACGAUGGUACCAUUAUCGAUGGGCAUCGUUUGCUGCCGGCAACAAUAAACGGUAACGAGGCAGGGGCUGGUGAUCCGCAGCAACACCAUCAGCAUCAUCUCGGUCGAAUGUCGCCCGACGAGCAACAGGGCGGUGUACGGUUGCUCGAGGACAGUCACAUACAGCGACUGCUCGGCAAUCAGGAAAUUAUCAGUCGCGACAUCAUAAACGGCGAGCAUCACAUCAUAACGCGCAACGAGAACGGUGAGACGAUCCUGACGCGCAUUGCCAUCUCGACCGCGGACCAGCUACUGAAUCGGAUGGACAAUAGCAUCAUCUACACGACGACAAGUGGUGCCGGUGGUGGUACCGGUGCGGUCGGUGUAGGACCGCAGGAACAACUCCCGACCACGGUGCUACAGUACGAGAAGGAUGUGGAGGACAAACAUCAGCAGCCACAGCACCAUGGCCAUCCGCACGGUCACGCGCAUCAACCGCAGACGAUCUAUGCGACGGCCGGUGGACCACCGGACCAGACCCAGACGAAGCAGAUCGUGUAUACGCUCGGUGGCGGUGAACCGAAGAACGUUAUCUACGGUGAUCCGAAGGCGGCAAUGCCACACUUCGAGACAGUUCCGGGAACCGGUGGCAGCGGUGGUGGCAGUGCCGGCAGUGGUGCUGGAUCGGGCGAUGAAGAUAAACCACAGAUCGACUACGUGUACAACGAGGGUAACAAAACGGUGAUCUACACCGACCAGAAGGGGCUGGAAAGUUUGUACGCAAACAAUGAGCUCGGUUUGAUCGAUGGUACGCAGAUUGUGGUGCAGGGCAAUCUGCAGUACACGCCGCAACAGGGCCCGGACGGUACGACGGUGUACGUGGUGUCCUCGGAUAUGAACCCGGAAGAUAUCAGCGGCCUUCAGCAAAGCACCAACGCUGGCGCAAAGCUUAAUGGACAGACACUGCAAGCAAUGGAUCUGCUCCUUGGUGCCCAUCCAUCAACACAAGCGAUCAACGUUAAGCGUGAACCGGAAGAUCUGCGCAAGGAGCCGAAAAAUCCGCGCAGCCAGAAGGUAUCGUCGCCAUCGCUGCACAUUAAAGAACCUCCACCCAGCCCUGGAAGUCCUUCAACGGAAACCAUGUAUGCUGCCCCCGGCAGCACGCAGAUCUACCUGCAGGGUCCUUCCCAUCAGAACAGUACAGCGGCAACGGCAAGCUCCAAUGUGAAUACUAACUCGCCCAGUCCCAGCUCUUACGCCCAGUAUGACAUGUAUCCACCGAACAGACUUGGCCCUGGUGGCUCAACGUUCAUCACAGAACCGUACACGUACCGUGAAUAUUUCGACAACCAGGGUUAUGCACCGGCCCGAACCAUCUACGGUACGGCAGCCGACUCCGAAGGUCCACAGCCAGCGACAACGUACGAGGGUCGCUUCACAAAGACCGGCUCGAUCUACACCAAGACGAUCACAUCGGCCGGCUUAACGGUGGAUCUGCCCAGUCCCGAUUCCGGCAUCGGUGCGGAAGCAAUAACACCGCGCGACCAGAACAACGUCCAGCAACAGUUUGACUAUGCGGAACAGUGCCAACCACCGAUCGGUAUGGUCGAUCCGAAUGCGGCCGGCCAUAUACCGGCGUGUGUGGCCAGCCUUCAGCGCAAUCUGGCGAUCAACGGUAGCCAGCCGAGUCCGACCACCUCGCUGGGCGGUUCGUCGACGGCGGCCGCCGUUGCGAGUGCCGGCGCUGCGACGGCACCCCGUUCCCGACCCUGGCACGACUUCGGCCGGCAGAAUGAUGCUGACAAAGUUCAGAUACCAAAAAUAUACACGGACGUUGGCUUCAAAUACUAUCUGGAAAGCCCGAUCAGCUCGUCCCAGCGCCGGGAAGACGAUCGGAUAACAUACAUUAACAAGGGACAGUUCUACGGCAUUACGCUCGAGUAUGUGCACGAUCCGGACAAGCCGCUUAAAAAUCAAACCGUCAAGAGCGUCAUCAUGCUGCUGUUCCGCGAGGAGAAAAGCCCGGAAGAUGAAAUUAAAGCCUGGCAGUUCUGGCACAGUCGGCAGCAUUCGGUAAAGCAGAGAAUAUUAGAUGCCGAUACUAAAAACUCCGUCGGUUUGGCCGGUUGCAUCGAGGAAGUAUCGCACAACGCAAUUGCCGUGUACUGGAAUCCUCUCGAGAGCUCUGCCAAGAUCAACGUCGCCGUCCAGUGUCUGAGUACGGAUUUCAGCAGUCAAAAGGGUGUUAAGGGCUUACCGCUCCACCUUCAGAUCGAUACGUUUGAAGAUCCCCGAGAUACGAGCGUUUUCCAUCGGGGUUACUGUCAAAUCAAAGUCUUUUGUGAUAAGGGUGCCGAACGGAAGACACGCGAUGAGGAACGACGAGCAGCGAAGCGCAAGAUGACUGCAACCGGACGGAAAAAGUUGGACGAACUGUAUCACCCGGUUGUCGAUCGGUCGGAGUUCUACGGUAUGAGCGAUCUGUUAAAACCUCCAGUCCUCUUCUCACCCUCGGAGGAUAUCGAUAAGCUAACAUCCAUGGAUAUGCAGUUCUACGGUCACGAUGCCGACUCUCUCUCCGGCACGUCGGACAACGUGAAGUCGCCCUUCCUGCUGCACGCCAACAAACCGGCCACACCAACGCUGAAGUUCCACAAUCACUUCCCACCGGACGUACCGACUGACAAAAAAGAUCCGAGCAUCAUUAUGGACGGUUCGCUAGUGGCAAACUCGAUGGUCGACUUUACGCCACAGAUCAAACGUCAGCGAAUGACGCCCCCGCUCAGUGAACGGGUUAUGUUGUACGUGCGCCAGGACAAUGAGGACGUCUAUACGCCCCUUCACGUCGUCCCGCCUAGUACGGUCGGGUUGCUAAAUGCGAUUGAAAAUAAAUUCAAAAUUUCCUCGUCGAGAAUUAACACUAUUUAUCGCAAAAAUAAGAAAGGAAUUACGGCGAGAAUUGAUGACGACAUGAUCAGACACUACUGCAACGAGGACAUCUUCAUCCUGGAAGUCCAACGGUACGAGGAGGACCUGUACGACAUCACGUUAACGGAGCUGCCAACGCACUAGAAAUCUUGCACUCCCCGUUCGGUUCUCCACCGUCCUGGCGUCCGCAGUGCCAUACUAUUGUGCGCCAUUAUGCCCUCCCGCUCUCUCGAGUAUGGAGUGUUAGUGCAAACAUAUGAAGAAAAAGGAGAAAUGCACACAUCUUGCCAUCGACGCAGUACGGAUGCUGCAUUGCCAACGUGCCAAACAGCUCAUCAUAUGCAGGCCUACACCAGAACAGGAUAUGACGCUAGGUUAUGCUGUUUUUUUUCCUUUCGUGGGAAAACGGGACGUAUCCGAGGGGAAGGCGUAGGUCAACAAGAGACCCUAGACAGUUCGUUAAGUUUUCGCCAUAGCAAGAUUAUGGUUUAUGUAAGCGACCCAUUCGUCCAAUGACAUUUGGUCUGUUUUUUUAUAUUAUUUUAAUUAAAGAGAAUAUUGAAAAUGAAUAAUCGUAACGCGAGUAAAAGUACAUUGGUAAUUAGUAAGUGUUUUUCAAAGUAGAGUAUUAUUUUUUAUCGUUUUUUAAAUGAGAUUAUGCUAAGAAUGCUUUCAAUUCAUAGAAGUACGAAGACGUACGUGGAAAAUGCAGACAAGAUGUGCCUUAGACAAUGAGACCGAAGUAGGCACGAUAAGGACACAAAGCUCUACCUGUUGGCACAACAGUAGACACGUAGAAAGUGAAAUACAACAUUGUACAUAGCAUACUGGGCAAUCCUUUGUGGAGUCAGAGCACCGAACAGAGUAGUUAAAAAGAAAAAAAAAGCGGAAAAGACAGCUAAACCCUACAGCGCUUUGCGUUCGUGCGUAGCGUAGUGUUUAAGUAAGCGAAUUAAUGUUGCACGUGACAUUAUUAUUUAUUUCGAACUAGCGUACUACUUAAUUCAGUCAAAAUGUACCGGAAUGGUUUUUGUUAGCUUCGGUUAGUCGGUUCAACUGUUUGAACGUUGCUAGAGAUUUCCCCUUCCAUUAUCGAACCGAUUGUUUUGUUAUUUUGCUACGUUUUUAUUUGUCUUUUUGAAGUGAAACUUUUUUUAUGAUAAAAUGUAUGAUGGAUGGGUGCAUUCCGUGCAGGAUUGUAUGAUAGAUGUUGCAUUUAAAUGGAACUAGAAAUAGCCAAUCUUCUCUCCCACAACUCUCGUACAGGCCAUGUGAAUACUAAGAUCUCAAAAGGAUAAUAACAACAACAUCAACAAAAAUAAUGAAAUGUGGUUUGGAGGACGACCUCACACAGAUUUGGGGAAGUUCUAACAAUAGUGGUGCGGUCAAACGGUAAAUAUUGCUCAAAUGAAAACAGUUUUACCGCAUCAGACCUUUCCCAUGCCAUAUGAUAGAAGAUGAAGAGAAACACCGGAAGGGAAAGGAUAAUAAUUUUCAAUCGUAUUGUGACAUCGAAUCGAAUGAAGAUGAUUUAAAUGCAUACAAUGUAGCACGUAGACAUUGACGUAACGAUAUUGUUUAACUGUAAAAUUUUCAACCCACAUAUGGGAUUGGCGGUAAUACCGCAGCGAGAGCAUGCAAUAUUAACGAAUAGACAGCUUAGUGGUUAUGGCGAACACGGACAACUUGCGGAUGCUCGGUUCGCAUUUAUGUGUUGUUCCCUCUGUUUCAUUCUCUGGUUAGGGUUAGGAAUUUUCUUACGCUCACACCUUCACACCAAUACCCGUCCAUGACAGUAUUUUUUUUUUUGUUCUGUAGCAUGAUCAUUGUCAUUUUGAAUUUUGCAUUUUCCACAAACAGGCAGGCAGACCCAACACAACCGGCGAAUUGAACUAUUGUUUUGUUUUCUUUGCGUCUUUUAUGCGAACUGCCAUACUGUGGGAAUACAAAUAGGAAGUAAGAACAGUUGUAAUCGACCGGAUGGAUAGGAUUUCUAACUCGUAAGCAAUCGUAUCGCAUAGAAGCGUAUCGUUAUAAUGAUAAAUGAUCGACGAAUCGGUUUUGAAGUGCGUUAAAUUUCUCUUAUUAUCUAAUUGUUAAGUACCUGAGGCGCACGAUCUUCACAAAAAAGAAUGUACAAGUGCCGUAAAUUCAAUGUUAAAGACGGAAGCCAGCACAUUCCUUCGCGCCCGAAAUGCGGUGUAAAGGGUUAAGCUUUGUGCAUGUUUUUUUUUAAUAAUUGUCUCGUACCCCUUAAUUGUUCGAAUAUUUUUGAAAACAACGGCAUAUUCUCCUGAAAGGAACUGUAUGAACACGCAAAACAUGUGAUAUUUAAAGGGGAAAAGAAAAAUCAAUCUAAAAUCGUACUGUUGCAAACAACGUACUCUGCGGCCCAUUUUCACUUUUCUCCAAUUGUUUUCAGAAACACCAGUUGGGGAUGAGUGGAGAUCGGAUAACAGAAAUGAUGUGUGUGUUUGUGUUUAAUAGAAAAAUAACACAAACACAGCAUGAUGAGUAAACAAGCAUGAUAGGGACGUGGAACAAUCCGGUGGAGACGCAUUGGAAAACAAAAAAAACGGAUGUGCAUUCGUUUUAUAUUUGCCUAAUCGAUCGAGUUGCCAUAACGUAGCGGAGCAAGGUUUGCAUUUUAUUUUGUUAUAGAUGUAUUUGUGUGUGUUUCUAUUUCAUUUGCUAGGUAGCAUUUUAUUUUCGCUAAUCGUAAUUACACGCUGUGGUAUUCUCCCAGGGUGGCCAAACAAUGUAAGGAAACAUAGUGACAGGUUGAGUUGCUGAGAGAAGCGAAUAGAAAGAAUAGUAUUGAUAUGAUUUGGCGAUCGAAAGGAUCGGAUAAAUAAUAGGUAUUACAAAACAAACUAAAAUGGAAAGCCUUAUAUGGCCGAUACGAUAUAAAAUCACAAUCCCAGAUAUGUGAGUGAGAAUCGAUAAGAGCAUCCAACGUAAAAUAGCACAAAAUGCGACUAAAGCAGUUCAUAGGAAUAGCGACUAGUGGCACUACAGAGGGAAAGAGUAGUCGCCGCUAUAGGAGAUAAGUCACUAUACACUUAUUGUAUAACCCUUAGUAGUACACAGAAAGGAAGGUGCAUCACACGUGUAGGCUUCCGUUAAAAUGCAAUAUUAAUUUUACAUUGAUAUAGUUCUUUUUCCAUUUGUUUCGCUAAGCCGUAUCGAUUAAGUAGCGCGUAACUACUAGCACGUAGAAAACAGUUUUUCUUUCCUUAUCGUUGCCUUUCAUUUUUGUGCGUGCAUUUACUCACACGCACAGCUGAUAGCAUGAACCUUAAACCUUUCCCUUAAUAAAAUCACACACGCAAGAAUGUAAUAGAACUGUAAGCAGAUUUCAAAUUGCGCUUGCGAUUAGCAGUAAAUUAACUAAAGCGCCACACGUGUUACGUGUCACGCUGGUGGAAAGCAAUGGCGUAGUACUACUACUGCAUACUACCAACCAACACAUCGCACCUGCUAACACGUGCACAUUCUUUAUUUUAACAUUUAUCUAUUUUUGCAUUCUCCGUUUCUUUUUAAUUUCGCACUUUUUUAGACACAUUAGAAAUCAUCUUGCUUUUAGUAACACACACACACACACACUUAGCGAUAAGCGUUAAGAGACCUUUUUACUUUUGUUAAGCUACCAACUGAAAACCGUCCUUCGUAUUGCCAUUCCAAAACCUUCUUCGAUGAGAAUUUGCCAUUUAGUAGGAACGUCCAUGUACGACCAGUAGAGCCAUUUUUCUAUUUCGUCACCCAUUUUGUCGCGUUGUCCCGCAUUCCAUUGUACUCCUUUUCCCCUCAAGGACAGCACAAUAAGAUACUGUGCCACAGUGGUCGUAUGUGAUUUCUGUUCUUUUUUUAGUUACAAACUAAGGUUAAGUAUUAUUAAUUAAUUGAUCUGAAUUUAGUUUAGUUGGGUAAGAGAGAAUGACAGUGCUCUGAUAAUGAAGAAGAGGUAGUAACAAAAAAAAACGCAGCGAGAAAGAAUCCAAUUGAUUUAAAACAUACAGACAGAAAAAGAAAAGAUAAAAAAACAUGUAAACCGGAACAAGCGGAAGGUAUUGAGGUUGGGUUAAAAGAAACACAAAACCCGUAACAGAUGCAAAUUACGUUAAGCGUAUAAGUUCUCUUUUUUAACUGUACUGUUAUAUUUUCUUGAUGAAGACGAAAAGAGCGUUUAAAUAUAAUUUGAAUUUAGAACAUUGAA